AUGGCAGCCCAGGGCCAGCAGAGUCCUGGAGGAACAACUAAGGACAAAGACACUGUGUUUCCCCAGACAACUAAGGACAAAGACACUGUGUUUCCCCAGACAACUAAGGACAAAGACACUGUGUUUCCCCAGACAACUAAGGACAAAGACACUGUGUUUCCCCAGACAACUAAGGACAAAGACACUGUGUUUCCCCAGACAACUAAGGACAAAGACACUGUGUUUCCCCAGACAACUAAGGACAAAGACACUGUGUUUCCCCAGACAACUAAGGACAAAGACACUGUGUUUCCCCAGACAACUAAGGACAAAGACACUGUGUUUCCCCAGACAACUAAGGACAAAGACACUGUGUUUCCCCAGACAACUAAGGACAAGGACACUGUGUUUCCCCAGACAACUAAGGACAAAGACACUGUGUUUCCCCAGACAACUAAGGACAAAGACACUGUGUUUCCCCAGACAACUAAGGACAAAGACACUGUGUUUCCCCAGACAACUAAGGACAAGGACACUGUGUUUCCCCAGACAACUAAGGACAAAGACACUGUGUUUCCCCAGACAACUAAGGACAAAGACACUACAACUAAGGACAAAGACACUGUGUUUCCCCAGACAACUAAGGACAAAGACACUGUGUUUCCCCAGACAACUAAGGACAAAGACACUGUGUUUCCCCAGACAACUAAGGACAAGGACACUGUGUUUCCCCAGACAACUAAGGACAAAGACACUGUGUUUCCCCAGACAACUAAGGACAAAGACACUGUUUCCCCAGACAACUAA